AUGAAAGCGCUGGACAUCACACCCGACGGUAUAAUUGGCCACUCGUUUGGAGAGAUAGCCUGUGCUUACGCUGACGGGUGUCUCACCUCAAGGGAUGCAAUGAUUGUCACGUACUUCAGGGGUGCCAUCACUGAGAGUGACCCACAGAUACCGAGGGGUUUAAUGGCAGUCGUGGGGCUGUCGAGGGCUGAGGCGCUCAAUAUCUGCCCAAAAGGGGUUUUUGUUGUCUGUAAUAACGCUAAGGAAUCUGUAGUCAUAUCAGGUCUGAAGAAAGAAAUGAUGGAAACAAUUGAUUUGUUGAAUAAAAGGGGAGUUUUUGUGCGACAGUUGGAGAGUAGUGAACUCCCAUUCCAUAGCGAAUACCUGCGCUCAUCGGCACAGCCUAUGGUCGACGCCAUCAAUGAAUAUAUGCCUAACCCUCGGCUCCGGUCCCGGAAAUGGUUGUCCACUUCGGUAAGGAUGUCGGAGCCAGAGGACGAGCGCUUGCGUUACGCGUCGGCCGAGUAUUUUGUGUACAACCUAAUGCACCCUGUUCAAUUUUACAAUCAACUCAAACACAUACCCACCGGUGCUGUCGUAUUAGAGUUGAGCCCGCACUCAGUAUUUGGCAAAAUAAUGGCCGAAUCAGUGGACAAUUGUCAAUAUAUAUCAUUAAUAUCCAAAAAUUCAAACCAUAAAAAUAUUAAUCAAUUUUUGUCGGGAAUCUCCAAACUGUAUGAAUUAGGUUUCAAUCCAUUGGUGGAGCGCCUGUACUCACCCAUACAAUGGCCGGUCCCUCGAAGUACACCGUCGAUCAGUUCUCUUAUUAAGUGGGAUCACAGCCGAGACCUAUCUGUCUAUACGUCUAAAUGGCCGCAAAAUAAGUUACGAUCCGUUUCCGGGGAUAUGAAUGUUGUGAUCAACAUUUCUAGCACUAAAGACGACUACCUGUGCGAUCACGUGGUCGACGGCAAUAACCUGUUCCCAGCGACCGGUUAUCUGAUGCUCGCGUGGCGUCAAAUGGCCGCCUCUUAUGGCCAGACGUGGAAUAAAGUUCCGGCAGUUUUCUCGAAGUGCCAGUUCUUGAGGCCGACAUUUCUCGCACCGGACGUCCCGACCAGACUUACCGUCAAAUAUUAUCAGCGAACGGGCGAUUAUAGUAUCCAAGAAAAAGACAUCACAUGCGCCGUCGGUACUGUCCGUCGGGGCGCCGACGAUAUGCUGACCGAACAGCACUUCAUCAGUGAUGGACAACCAGUGGUGUCGGAGUGUGAGUACCGGUUGGACAGGGAGUCCAUUAGGAAAGAGAUGCAUAUCCGGGGCUAUGAGUACUCCAAAGGGUUUCAGUCGUUGACAAAUAUGCGGACCAAUGGCUUUCGUCGGGUGUCGGCGGACAUCGAGUGGACGGGAAAUAUGGUUACAUUUUUGGACGGUUUGUUACAACUGACCGGUUGUUUGUCUCCCUUCCGGAAACUCGUGGUUCCGGUGAUGAUCGACGCCAUACGUGUCGACCCGAACACACUCUUCGAGGCGCUGAAGAGGAAUCGUUUGGCCGAUAAUGUGUUGGCCACCACUGAUGGCCAAGUGGUUGACGCCACUAAUACGGGAGCGUUGGACAGUUGUCUGAACGACAACUUCAACAGCAAUUACAAUAAUAAUCUUAGGGAACGGUUCCAACUCUAUCGCUCACAAUUGCCGUUAGUGUUUGACUCGUCGACUAAAUGUGUGGUCACAUACGGGGCUGAAGUGUAUAAUAUGGUCACCGCUCCCAUCACGAGGAAAACUGAUCCCAAUAUGGUUUUAGAAAGACAUGAGUUUAUCGCCAACGACGACAAUACGGCCAUCGAUGACAGCCAUAGGAAACUACUUAUUAAUAAUAUUGAAGACGCCAUCGAAAGCAAUGGAUUUCUAUUAACAGUAUUUCGAUAUAAACUGACAAAACCGGAGAUCGCAUUGAAUUCAUUGUUUGGUAAUUCAGUCACUGAUUCAGAUCUUGAAAAACGGAUCAAUAAUUUCAUAACAAAUGCCAAUGAAAUGGGAUUAAGAGUGAUAUGCAGUAAAUGCGAUACAAUUGGUUCAAAGGCUGUACUCUUCAGGAAAGUAUUAAAAACAAUACUUCCGGACAAAGAAAGUAUAAUCCAAUUUAACGACAAAUGCGAGCAAUGGUUCCCAUUAUUGAAGGACAGACUACUGAUGGCCAGUGAAUUGGGUGCCGAUAGUCCACGGGUUUGGCUCAUUGCCAACGACUCGUGUAUUAACGGAGUAAUGGGUUUUGCAAAGAGUCUACGUCUGGAACCGGGAGGCGAACACUUCAGAUAUAUUUUCGUUUACGACAAAAUCAAUACAAAUACUGAAAUAGACUUCAAUCAGAAGUCAUUCAGCGAUAUAUUGGCCAACGAUUUGGUGUCAAAUGUGAUCAGAGAUGGAAGACUCGGUUCCUAUAGAUAUCAGAGUUUUGGCAAAGAUUUCGAUAAAAUCCAAUCAAAUGAGUAUUACUUGGGUUUAGGAAAGGGUCGGGACUUGUCGUCAAUACAGUGGACAGACAUCACAACCCUUCCUAUAACUGACCACUACUACGACGUGACCAAUAAGAGGAGACAAUUGAUUAAAAUACAGAUAUAUUGCUCGGCAUUAGUCUUUCGAGACGUAUUCAUAGCCACCGGCAAAAUAGCGGCGAUUUCAGACAUAUUUGAGCAACAAAUUGGACACGAGUUUGCCGGCCGUCGGGCCGAUACCGGGGAACGCGUUAUAGGUGUAAAUCACGGCAAAUGUGUCGCCACCAGUACUCGUGUGGACCCAUUUCUGUUCACAACAAUACCCGACAACUGGUCUAUGGAAGAGGCGGUCACUAUAUUGAGCCCGUAUUUUACGGUAUGGUAUGGACUGAUAGAAAGGGGAAAUAUUAGACAGGGCGAGAGUAUAUUAAUCCAUUCGGCGGCGGGAGGUGUGGGUCAGGCGGCCAUCAAUGUGUGCCAACACUACGGCUGCGAUAUAUACGCGACGGUCGGCACCGAAGAGAAGAAACAGUUUCUCAUAAAUACAUACAAAAUACCGGCGAAGAAGAUAUUCUCGUCGAGAAGUACGCAAUUCAAGAGUCAAGUAAUGCGAUCGACUGCCGGACGGGGAGUGGAUGUAGUGCUCAACUCUUCGGCCGGCGAUAAGUUGGACGCCAGCUAUGAGUGUGUGGGCACAGGCGGACGGUUUGUAGAGUUGGGAAAAAUGGAUUUGUUUAUGAAUAAAAAACUUCCGAUGUAUAAUUUAUUGAGGGAUUUGUGUAUUAUUGCCGUCAAUUUAGAUGAAGGUGUCUUAAGUCGGAAGUAUAUUUGGGACGCAUUUUACGCUUGGGUUCACCGCAACUGCGCCAAUGGUUGCGUAAAACCAUUAAACCGGACGGUAUUUCCAGCCGCAGGCGUAGCGAAUGCCUUCCGAUACAUGACUACCGGUAAACAUAUCGGGAAAAUAGUUAUCCGUAUUCGGGAAGAGGAGGCGAACAGAAAGACGUUGAAACUUAUAAAACCGGCCGAUAGUAUGAAUGUCAUAGUCUCUACGGCUGACUGUUUCACUAUUGAGGGCACAAAACAACUGUUAAAUGAGUGCAAAGAGUUGGGCGCACCCAUCGGUGGUGUCUUUCAUUUGGCCCUCGAGUUAAACAAUUGUCUCUUCAGUGAAGUGUCUUUCGAGACAUUCAUGAAAACCGUUGACAUAAAGGAAAAGAUAUUCAAGAAUUUGGAUCAAUUGAGUCGACAAUUGGAUUAUAAUUUAGAUUAUUUUGUGGUGUUUUCGUCCCUUUCAUCGGGAUUGGGAAUUGAGGGCCAACUGAACUAUACUUACGGUAACUCUGUUUGUGAGCGUAUUUGCGAACAGAGACAGAGGGACGGCCUGUCGGGUCUGGCCAUACAGUUUGGUCCGGUCGGUGACGUCGGAGUGAUGUCUGAUAUGACACAAACGUUUGCAUUUACGACAACUCAGAAACAAUGGAUACAUUCGUGUUGUGAAGUAUUGGACAAACUAUUGGCCGUACAAUACCCGGUCGUAUCUGUAAAUGUGAAAACAGUGGAGAACUCAUUGUUAAAACUGGACACUGAGACUAAAGAGGGCUCGAAAUGGUUUAUACAUAAGUUGUGGGGAUCUCUAGGUAUCGACCCGUCGGCCACUCCGGCGGACACAACUUUAGGAGAGAUCGGAAUUGAGUCCAUAUUUGCCUCAGAAUUACAGCAAGAAAUGGGAAAACUCUGUAAUCAAACGAUUCAACUAAAGCUCAUUAAAGACAUGUCUGUCGGACUGCUUCGGGUGUUUGAGUCCGGAGGCGAUGACACCAUUAGAGGCUAUUUUAAUGGCUUAAAAAAGGCUCAAAUAUCGCUUUUAAAGUAUAGGUUUGUGAUUCCUGUGGAAACACACGUCAGACUCAAUGGUGUCUCAAACGGAAAGCCUUUGUAUUUAAUGCCGACUCUGGAGAUGGGGUUUGCAUUGUAUGACCAUUUGGUCCAAAAUAUUAAUCGACCGGUUGUUGGACUCAAUUGGACUCCAGUUGUGAACAGAUUGUCGACUUUGAAGGAAGUGAUGAAAUACUUUACUGAUUUGAUGGCAAGACUCGAACCAAAUGGUGGUUACGAUGUUUUGGGAUCGACGGACGGAGCGAUCAUUUGCGGCCAACUCUUGCGGAAAGGUUUGGCAGAGAAGGCGGUUAUGAUUGAUGUGCUGUCGAAACAGCGCUUCCGAGAGAACGACCUGAAGGAUGAUAUGGUAUUGGAGUUGAUAUUGAAUUGUCUUUCGGAUGACUUACCCAUCGAUUACAAGAGGAAGAUAUUGAGAGACAGUUGUGACCAAAACAUUAAGUCCAGAGUCAAAAGAAUUGGCGCUGAAUUAAGAGAGAUAGCGGGGAAUGCAAUGAUAUCUCAAGACUUGGACCUAAUGUUGGAAACAAUGGUUAAACGGAUCCAAAUGUUAUGGACUUAUAGAUUGAAUAAAAAGCAAAAGUCUGGAAAGAAUUUUAAAACAAUGAUUAACAAGAAGUGGACAAAAAUGGGCGACAAAUCUGUGGUUAUAUUAAUGUCUUCACAAUUGGACUCAAUGGACGACAAGUGUAAUGAAUAUCUCAAUACUUCUAAUCAUUUCUAUUUGAUUCCUAAUUCAGAGUUAAUAGAAAUACCUUAA